UCCGAUCAUCCUGGACACCAAUUUCACACGCAUCAUAUUCCUUUUCGACGCCUCUCUAUCUCGAAAAGCCCUCUCUUCAUCACAAUGUGAGAGUUCUUUUUUUUUUUUUUUGGAAAAAAUAAAAAUAAAAAAUCAACUUCCAAAUUUCACCAUCAUACGUCUCAUUUUUGCUUAGUCUCCUUCCAAAUCAAAAAAAAAUGGUGGCCUCUGCGAAUGACUCGGAGCAUCUCAACCAACCCGUGAGAAUGGAAGACUCGCCCGAUCCCCCAUUCGAGGAGGUAUACAAGAGCCUCUUCGACAGCGCGACGGCGGCGCCGGAGCUCUCGGCCGUGGAGGAAUGCGAGCUGCCGAUGAUUGAUCUCGAGGAGCUGAACCUCGGCGACAUCUCGAGGCGCGCAUGCAAGCAGAAGAUCGCCCGAGCCUCGCGGGAAUGGGGUUUCUUCCAAGUGAUAAAUCAUGGGAUCUCUCGAGAGGUCUUGGAGAAGAUGAGGGAGGAGCAAGUGAAGCUCUUCGCGAAGCCCUUCUCCGACAAGGCGGCGUGCAAGGAUUCCAACUUCUCGGCGGGGAGUUACCGGUGGGGGACGCCGACCGCGACGUGCUUGAAGCAGCUGUCGUGGUCGGAAGCCUUUCAUGUGUCGCUUAGCGACGUGCUCGGCUCACAUGACAUCAAUAAUAACCUCAGGUCGGUAAUGGAGCAAUUUGCUGGGAUGGUAUCGAAAUUAUGUGAGAAAUUGGUGGAGAUAUUGGGGGAGGAAUUGGGGCAGAAGUGGGAAGAGAAAUGUGUGGCGAGCACAUGUUACCUCCGAUUGAACAGAUACCCAGCGUGCCCAAUAUUCCCAGAGAUGUUUGGAAUAAUGCCACACACUGACAGUGACUUCAUCACAGUGCUGCAUCAAGACAACAUCGGUGGCCUCCAACUUGUCAAAGAUGGCAGCUGGUUCUCUGUUAAACCCAAUCAUCAAGCCCUUGUUAUCAAUAUUGGGGACUUGUUUCAGGCGUGGAGUAAUAACGUGUAUAAAAGCGUGGAGCAUAGGGUUGUGGCUAACCCUCAAAAGGAAAGGUUCUCGACGGCAUACUUCUUCUGCCCAUCAUACGACACCGUUAUAGCAAGCGGCGUUGAGCCUUGUGUUUAUAGAAGCUUCACCUUUGGAGAAUACAGGAAACAAGUCCAAGAAGAUGUCAAGAUUUUUGGACACAAAAUUGGACUCCCAAGGUUUCUCCUACAAACUCACUAAUCUCCACACCAUCGAGUUUUUGGUAGUAGGGAUCCUUUAUAUUUCUAAAUUAUUAAUUAUUUUUUUAUCACGUGUCGAUGAGUGUUGGAAAUAGAUGAAACGGCACCGUUUGCAGCAGAUUAUCUCUCCAAAGUUUUUAGUAUCGAUCCUAUAUAGGACAAGGUUGUUAGGUGGUAGCUAGUUUCUCAGAGAUGUAUGUAACAAUGUAGAAAUUAAAUACAGGUUGUUGGAAAUUACUAGAUUAUGAUAUAAGAAAGAAAUUUAUAAGAUAAUAAAUAAUACAGCUAUCCUUUGCCUCGACAA